AUGAAAGAAAACGCGGAUCCUCGUCAGUCUCUACUGUCCUUCGGCAGACAAGGAGAACAGCAUAGUGAUACUUCAUAUAGCAGCACUGCGCCAGUCUCUCGCAAUGUCACAGAUAAGGAAACAGAAAGCUCUCUAUUUCUAGCCGUGUUUGAUACAGAUAGCCAUGAAGCCCAAGUUGCUUCAAGGGGGUACACCAGUACGGUGACGAGUGGUUAUAUCCAUCCAGCACUUUCUUUGACAGAAAUGGCUUUAGCAUCUGCGCCUACUGAAGAUAUGGACGAAUUUGUGGAUGAGAUGGAAGACUCUAAAGGCAGUAGUGAUGACGAAGGCAACGAAGAUUAA